CGUCUCCUCGCUCCCGGAGCAACCCCCAAAAAGUAUUUCUUUCCCUAUCCGUAUUCACAAAGUCCCAAGCAAGAGCACGCACACCCCGCUUCAAACCAGAUUGCUCUCAGCUCAGUAUCUUUUUCGCUUCAUAAGUGAUGGAGGUAGAAGAAGGAUUUGAAGAAGUGGAGAUGAGCGAAGCUGUUAGGAAAAAGCUCCUAACUAAUCUGCGACCAAUCAAUCGGGAGGAUACUCGUGUUCCACGGUGAAAGAAGCAAGAUUUUAGUAGACGUGUUAACAUCAUACUUAAAGCGUUUGAUGUCCGUAAGCGAUUAGGGGUCAACAAUAAAGGGCGCUAUAUUGCUAAGGUGGUGAGGAAAAGGCAGCGACAGCUAAGACAUCAAUCAACUCCCUCAAAUUAUUCAGAGAAUAAUAAUGCUAAUGGUACUGAAUUUCGAGCAAGGAAGCAGCGACAUAGGAGACAAAAGUUAAUUCUGUCAAAUGAUAUGUUUGAGGACAAUAGAGAAAAUGUGGGAAGUGAUGAAGCUAGAACAGAAAACCACAAGGGUGGUACUGGAGAUGAUCAUCAUGAUGAUGAUGCUCAACAUGGGGCUAAGAGAGAACGUGCUUCAAGAGGACCAAUAGACAACGGCUGGAUUUGGACAAUAUAGAAAAUGUGGACAAUAUAGAAAAUGUGGGAAGUGAUGCACUUCACACCAUUGGUUCUAGAGAGAAUUCUAGUACUCACAACCGAACAAUGAAUGAAAACCAUGGCAGCCGUGCAAUGAAUGAUGAGCCUCAUGAAUCUCAAGACAACUCUAGUACUGGACGUACUGACGCUAGAACAGAAAACCACAACGAUGCUACUGGAGAUGAUCAUCAUGAUGCUGCUGCUCAACAUGGGGCUAAGAGAGCACGUGCUUCACAGAGGACCAAUAGACAACGGCUGGAUUUGGACAAUAUAGAAAAUGUGGACAAUAUAGAAAAUGUGGACAAUAUAGAAAAUGUGGGAAGUGAUGCACUUCACACCAUUGGUUCUAGAGAGAAUUCUAGUACUCACAACCGAACAAUGAAUGAAAACCAUGGCAACUGUGCAAUGAAUGAUGAGCCUCAUGAAUCUCAAGACAACUCUAGAAACCACAAUGAUGCUACUGGAGAUGAUCAUCAUGAUGAUGCUGCUCAACAUGGGGCUAAGAGAGCACGUGCUUCACAGAGGACCAAUAGACAACGGCUGGAUUUGGGCGUAGGCAAGAGGGCUAAUGUGAAAAAUGUUGUACGCGAUUGUGUUCAAAAUAAGGGUUAUCGUGACACGAGACGUUCAAAGGAGAAUCCUGUUCCAGUUGAUGAAGGUAAUCGGGAGCAUGAUGAUUUGAUAGAUUUUGUUUAUGAUAGAUCUUAGCCUGAGACACGGGGUGAUUUCAGAGAGGGUGCUUUAAGGAUAAAAAUUGAGGAGUUAAGCACUCAGAUUCUGGGUAAAAAAAAAGAGCUGCUGAAAUGUUUUAUACAAAUGGUUGAGGCCAAGGACCUGAUUAAUUCAGCUUUUAUAUUGGUGGCAAUGGUUGGUUUGAUGAGAGAGUGGCCUGUUGGUGAGGCAUGGUCAAUGGAGACAGCUUUGGAAAAAGUCCGUAAAUAUGCCCCAGAAGUAUUUGGAUUCGAGUUUUCCUUAGAUAAUAUCGAUCAUCAAUUGGCUGAAGCAGGUUUUGGAUUGGUGGGUGAAACACUCUUUGCUCUGUAUUCUAGAUAUGAGCUUAGCAUUGAAAAGAGUGAAGUAACAUUUCGCGAAUCAGCUAUAACGGAAUAUCUUGUGAUGAAGGGUGUAAGGGAAGAGUUGCAGAGACUGGAACUUGACUUGCAAAAGGUGAGAAGAGCAGCUAAUGAAGAGUGAUGUACAGCAUGAUAACAACAAAAGCAAAGGUUCUGUUGUCUACUUUCUGCAUUGUUCAAACAUCUGGGAGUCUCUUUGGUUUGACUUCAUUUUGUUGUGACUGUAAGGUUCACAGUCGAUUUGGUGGGUUUUAUAGCAUUUGGUCAGGACAUGUUAUGGUGUAGUGUAUAUACUGCUCAAUGGCUGUGCAGUUUAUUAGAGAACAAUUUCAACUAAAAAAGAUGGAUUCUUGGUGAUCAUACGUGCUUAUUAGCAACUGUGAAGAUGAUAAAGGGUUGAUGAUAACUGUACCUUUCAAAAUUUUUAAUUGGUCGAGUAAGACCUGUUUUUAGGCAAAGGUACUCAAGUGUAGUUUUACUCUAGUAUGAGACAAUAAUACUCAUUAAUAUUC